UAGCUUACUUGCAGUUGGUAUAUAGAGAACGUCAACUAGGGCAAUAUUGCAGUAGCAUUCCUCUAAGCCGCAGGUCUUAAACGGGGACGAAGCCAUGGGGAGAAGACCUGCAAGAUGUUACCGUCAGAUUAAGAACAAGCCAUACCCAAAGUCACGGUUUUGCCGUGGUGUACCAGAUCCAAAAAUCAGGAUCUAUGAUGUAGGUAUGAAGAAAAAGGGAGUCGAUGAGUUUCCAUUCUGUGUUCACUUGGUCAGUUGGGAGAAGGAGAAUGUCUCCAGUGAGGCGCUUGAAGCUGCCCGUAUUGCUUGUAACAAGUACAUGACCAAGUCUGCUGGGAAAGAUGCUUUCCACUUGAGGGUCAGAGUUCAUCCCUUCCAUGUUUUGCGUAUUAAUAAGAUGUUGUCGUGUGCUGGAGCUGAUAGGCUCCAAACUGGAAUGAGGGGAGCUUUUGGUAAGCCCCAGGGUGUUUGUGCUCGUGUUGCUAUCGGUCAGGUUCUUCUCUCAGUUCGCUGCAAAGAUGGCAACAGCAACCACGCCCAAGAGGCUCUGCGCCGUGCUAAGUUCAAGUUCCCUGGUCGACAAAAGAUCAUUGUCAGCAGGAAGUGGGGGUUCACCAAGUUUAGCCGUACUGAUUAUCUGAAAUACAAGUCAGAAAACCGUAUUGUCCCAGAUGGUGUGAAUGCUAAGCUUCUUGGGUGCCAUGGUCGACUUGCUGCACGACAACCUGGAAGGGCCUUUCUUGAAGCAGUUUAGGAAUUGGAGCGGCAUAAUAUUUAUCUAAAUAGCAUAUUUAUUUUUCUGCAUCCGACUGAACGAAAUUUUGUGGCUUGAACUUCUCUCUGCUUGUGAACUAUUAUUGGAGUUGUUAUUAUUCUUGUGCUGUCCCUUGCCA